UGUCCUCGACUUCAUCAGACUCACAUGUUUCAAAGAGGAGGGGAAGAGAUAGGUGGGACAGAUGAGAGAGAGAGAAAGACAAGUGAUAGAAAGACAAAGUCACAGAAUCAGAAAGCUCUCCUGUCAGUUCUAACCAUAUAAAAACAUAGAAGUGUGACAUUUCAUUGGCUUGUAAAACUAUCAGUUUGAGCAAAGAAAUUCUACUAGAAAAGAUCCAAACCACAGAGGAUCUGAAACAACAGUUCUGGAUUUGGACCUGGAAGACCAUCAGAUCAUGGAGAAUGGCAAAAUAGAGGGUAAUGACAUAGACGCCAUAGACCUUCAGGAAGACAUAAGCACAGCUCUAACGCAGCUCUCUGAGGUUAGGAGUAAACAAAAAGACCUGCAGAGGGACCUGGACCUCAUGCAGAGCACUCAACACAGGAAAGGCUCAAGGGGGGAGGGAUCAGUGGAUGGCCACGCCUCUCUAAACAGCCAAACAGAACUCAGUCUCAUUCAGCAUUACACAAGCAGCCUAUCAGCUAAUCAGAACUCUUAUCCUGAGCAUGACGGUCAAAAGAAGUCUCCAGUGUGGAGGGAGAGAAAAAACAGCCAAGAUCUGAAAGAACAAAACAACUCAACUAUAACUCAGAGGCAGACUGCAGCACUGGAGCUGUUGGAGUCUGAGAGAGUGUAUGUGUCGUAUCUCUCACUCCUGUUAAAGGCCAACAUCAGUUUUAACUCGGAAAAUGUCAGCCUCAAAGACAAACGACCUUUCCCUCCCUCUCUACACUUCUUGAUUCAGCAGCAUCUGGAACUCCUUCACCUUCUCCAGGAGAGAGUUCUUAAGAGCCACUGGCAAGGAAUCAUGGGAGAUGUAUUUCUAAGGCUCACUAGCAAGGAAAGUGAUUUUCUGGAUCAUUAUGUAUCAUAUCUACGGGACCUGCCAGAAUGUUUGACAGUGGUUAGUCUGUUCUCCUCUUCAAAAUCAGGCAGCUUACUAGAGAGUGACAUCACAGGGGAUGAGACACGUCCGUCUCUACACUCUCUGCUUCUACAACCUGUCCAACGUAUCCCAGAAUACCAUACGCUCCUCCAGAGUCUUGUACAGCAGACAGAGUCAGAGCAUCCAGACUAUUACCUGUUACUGGUGUCUGUGCAACAACUCCGAUCUUUCAUGACCCAUUACAGCCAUCUGCUACAGCACAACCAGGAGCUCCUCACACACAGUCAUGCCCUGCGAGAACACACACACAACCUGUGCACACACCAGCAGGAGCGGCCCUCACACACCUGAAAAGAGCUUAGCAGGUCUACAGUGAGACAGCUGUAUAAAGUCGACUAUGAGAAAAAUUACAGCAACACCAGUGCACAAAAUGAUCCUUCUCGACGUAACAAACACUACACUGACUAUGAAGCGGCACCCUAUCACUACGACCCAGAAAUCCCGUCCCCUGUCUCCUGCCUGUCCGACUCUGACUCUCGCCACAAAGCCAUCUCAGUUGCUCUGCGCAGCAUUCCAGAGACAGAGGGAGCGGGAUCGGUCCUCUCUGAUGCACUGGGUGUGCUCUUUCCCUACAGAGCUGGAGGCUCUCGCUGCUCAAGCCCGUCUCAUUCCUCUGACUCCAGCACUGAUAUCGCCUUUGUGCAUUGUAGUCCUUCUCAUAGUCCACCUAGACAGUCCCACAGUAGGGGGCGAAGUGCUGGGGGUGUGGUUUAUAGGUCCAACAGAGGCUGUGUGUCACCUGACUCAGCAGAUAUUGUGAGACCACGCCCUCUACAGGCAGUGCAGAGAAAGAGCAAAUCACUAAACGGCCUGCAGCUGGACAGUAUUGAUAUCCACGCCCACCAGACAAAAACUCCCGCCCACCCGAGGCUGGAACGCCAGUCAAGUGGCAAAUCAAGAAAGAGACCCAGCAGUCCAAAACACAGAUAUGAGACACACACUGACACAGAGGAGCAGCCACGACUAAUACAUCAAAAGGAUGCUAGAAGCCUGGUGUGGGAGGAGAUCAAAUUGAGGGGUGUGUCUGAUGACUAUGACCACACCCCUUUGAGUGAGCGCAAUAGGAAAGAAGGAAAAGGAUUUAGGAACUCCUUCAAAAAGCUCUUUAAGAAGAAGUCUAGUGGGGACGGAAAGGAGAAGACAACAGUGAAAGCUGAGUGUCAAAGCAGUGGAGAGCUGGAGACCACCAAAGCCCUCACACAAGGAGACAUUGACAGAGGAACUGCUGUUUAAACUGUUUUACUAAGUGGUUCUCAACUGGUUUUGUGUCAGGGUACAGAUUUUACAAUGAACUUCAAGUGGUGAUCCAACACAAUACCACAAAUGCUUGGUCUUUAGUGUUCACUCUCUAAAUAUUUCUGGAAUGUUGAGGGUUUCAUGCUUUCGGACACAAAACAUUUUGCAUGAGAAAUCAAUUAUUAAUAUAAUUUUGGCCAGAAGUUUGAGAACAUUUGGUUCUUGCAUUGUUUAUGCAGAUAUAUACUCACACAUAUAAACAAACAGGCACACUUAUCCAUCUUUUGUUCAGUUUAUGCUGGGCCGCACUGACAGGAUGCAAAACUGUAUCUGAUAAAAUGUAUAAUGUUAAUUACUCAUAAAUAAAAAUACUGCUAUAAAUACAUGUUGUAU